AUGAAGCUCAGUCAGAGAAUAGUACUCUCUUUUUUACUCGCUAAUGAUGCUGCUGGAAAAGUUGUCAAGUGCUACGAGUGUUCUUCAAUCACCUUUAACGACGUCAAUUCUUGUGACUCUAUUGAGCAACAGGACCAAAUCCUAUUUUGCGAAAGCGAUAUCGGAUGCUUUACGAGUGAUUUUAUUUAUUUCUCCGAAAAUUACGCUGGCGGAUUCUUGGAAACGAUCACCAAAGGUUUUAUAUCCGUUAAUCAGAAUAACGAAUACACACAUGGAGAAGGCGGGCGAAUAAAAGAUAGACGAAUCAUCCUCGGAAUCGUUCAUUACAAGUUCAGCGCAGAUGGUGGAGAAGAAGCAUAUUUUCCUUUGGAUAGCUUGACCGAAGAGGAGAUGCUGGAAGUCCGAAAAUACGAGGCCUCGUUCCGAAAACAACGCAAAGAUUCGGCCAAAGUGAACACAGCACAGGAGAUAAAAGAAGAAAAGCCUAACCACGAUAAGUCAGACCACGAUAAUGAAGAAUGGGAAGUCGAAAAAAUUCUGGCUCACAAAUUCGUUCGAGGAGGAAAGAGGAAAUUCAAGGUGCUCUGGAGAGACUGGCCUGAAUCCGAUGCAACUUGGGAACCUGAAUCACUUUUAACCAACUGCGAAUUAAUUGUGCAAGAGUAUCUGGAGAAGUUGGACCAAGGCAUCACUAAAAAACGAAGACGAAAGGCCCCCGAAACCAAUGAAAAACAAGCUGCCGAGGAUGAGAGCGCCAUUUCUGCCGGAAAAUCCGGGAUAUUCUAA